UUUCCCUUCGAUCUCCAUCUCUUUCGCAGCUCUCGCUCGCUCUUUGCCUCUCUCUCUCUCUCGACGAUCAUUCACUCCCUUGCGCUCAUCUGAUCACCUGCCCGAACCCUUUUCCUCUCUCGAUCUCAAUCCGCUCUCCUGCAAACCCUAACCCUAAUCCCCCUCCCCGAGUCGUCCCAGGCCCCAUCCGUCUCGCCCUUUCCUCGCCCUCCAAAUCCCCCAUUUCGCCCUCGAUUCCCUCGGAUUCUUCGGCUUUGUCGCCCCGGAAACCGUAAUUCGGUCUCCGCGGCCCCCGAUCUGUGCGUCCCGCGUGAACUGGUGCGGUGCAGAUGGCUGGCGGCAACUUGGAUCUGCCGGAGGACCUCCUCCCCUCGAGGCUGGUGGGCGAGGCUUGGGCCGGGAAAGAUACUCUUGCUGGUGGAAAUGGCAAGGAAAAGAAUCCUAUUGGGUUCCUUGACGAAGGAAAAGAUCAAGCGACUUCUGAAAAUAAUAUACCUUUGUCUCCUCAAUGGCUUUAUGCAAAACCUGGUGACAGCAAGGACACUAGGCCCACAAGUUUUGCACCAUCUGUAACCUUGCCUGAUUCUGUUCAGAAAGACAUGUGGCCACAGGAGAAAAAAGAAUGGAGAAGGAACGUCAUUGAUCUUGAAAGCAAUCGCCGAUGGCGUGAAGAGGAGAGGGAAACUAGCUUGCUCAGUAGGAGAGAACGUAAAAAGGAAGGGGAUCGAGAAACUGAGUACCGUAAAAAUGACCGCCAUCCUGACAAUAUCUCUUUGAGAGAAGCUGCUGAUUUGAAGACUUUAUCUUCAUCUGAUAGGGUGCAUGAAGUUCCUAAUCGUAGUGCAGGAAAUGAAAACCGCCGCGAUAGCAAGUGGUCAUCUAGGUGGGGUCCUGAGGACAAAGAGAAGGAACCUUGGACAGAAAGGAAAGUGGAUGUUGAGAAAGAAGGUUCUCACUCUGAGAAGCAGUUUUUUCUUGCUAGCCUCCGUCCAGUAUCUGGAUCUGAUUCUCGUGAUAAAUGGAGACCUCGCCAUCGCCAGGAAAUUCAUUCUGGUGGCUCUUCAAUGCUCCGUGCUGCUCCGGGAUUUGGGGGCGUUGAGGUCCCCCCUGUGCCUUUUGCCUCUGGUAGGGGUAGAUCAAAAUCUGUUUCAGGAUUACAAUUUGGCAGGCCAUCUGCUGCUGGCCCUAUUGGUGCAUGGCCAGUAAAUAAAGCAAACUUUCAGUAUCCUAGGGGAAAACUUCUUGAUAUCUAUAGGAACCAAAAGAUGCCAGUCGUUGAUUUUACCUCUGAGAGCUUUGAGGAAGUUCCUCCAAUAACAGUAUCUAGCUCCAUAGCUCCUUUGGCAUUUGUCACACCUGAUGCAGAGGAAGAGGUUGUUCUGAAAGAUAUUUGGAAGGGGGAAGUCACAAGCAGUGAAGUGAGCUUAAAUCGGGAAAGGAUGACAAGAGUUAAUGAGGAGAUAGAUGAUGGUGGCAAGACACUAGUUGAUAACAAACAUGAUAAAAUGGAAUCCGUUGCCACUUUAAAAGAGCUGGAAAGUAAGGAUAAUAUCAACCUUCUGAUUAACUUAGUGGGUCCUGAUGAUCGGGCUCCAAAGGUUGCAGAUCAUGAAGUUAUCCACGAUAAACCAGUUUUAGGUGGUAAUCUUACCAAUUUUGAGAUAAAUCUUAGUGAGAUAGAAGUGGCAAAUGUUGAUGACCAAACAAGUCACUUGGAUAUUCCGAAGAAUAUCAAAUUAGGAGAGGGUUCAACUGUUUCCUUUGAUGUUAAUGCUAAGCUACCUGAUGCAUCAUGUCCUUUAUAUGAUGCUUCUUUUGUUGAGAUCUCAAACACCAACAACCAUGAAAAUCACAAAAUUGAAAAAAAGCUUUCAGAACAGGGUACCUUUCCUGAGGAGUUGAGUUUAUUUUACCAGGAUCCACAAGGAGAUAUACAAGGUCCAUUUUUGGGUGUUGACAUUAUCUCAUGGUUUGAACAAGGUUUCUUUAGUACAGAUUUACCUGUGUGCUUAUCAGAUGCUCCUGAGGGCACACCAUUUCGGCCACUUGGGGAAGUUAUGCCUCACUUGAAGCUAGAGCAACAUAUUGUCCUGGAUCUCCCUUCUGGUAACAAGUCCGAACCCUUGGACACUACAAGGGGCAACCUGGAGACUUGUGUUCCCUCUUCCCGUUUUAGCGAUUCUUUUCCCACAAAUGAUCAGCAACGGUUGCUAUCUUGGGAUACUUUGGAUCAUCAUGUAAAACACAAUGUUGUUGAGAGUGAAGCUUCAGUAGAUCCUAACAAAGCUUGGUUAUCUUUUUCCAAUUCAGAAACACCACUAGGUACAACUGGUCUUGAAGAAAAAAUCUUCCAUGAUUUUACUGGUCAAGAUACAGAAGUUGUAUUGUAUAAGGGUAGGCCUGUGGGGGACAUGGAGAAGGGGUCAGGAAAGCUUGUUAAUGAGAACAUUGCUCUAUCAAGAUCCACCAGUGGUAAUCAUUUUUUGAUGACAGAAACAGGAAAUAGUAGUUUUGCCAGUCAUAACAUUCCUAGAGAUAAUGACUUAAAUUCUCUUGGAUUGUUGUGGUCUGAGCUAGAAGGAACUCACCGGAAGCUUCCCCUUUCAUCAACUGUUCCAGGCUCCACUGAGAAUUUGAUUGACAAUCAUGAUUCUGCUCGAAAUGCCUUUCUGUUUAGCCACAAUCCAGAACAGUUCAAUUCAAUAAGUGACUUCCCCAUCAUGAAUGAACCAUGGGCCAACAAUUAUAGGAGCAAGGGUUCAAACAUAAUUCAUGAUAACUUUGAUGCAAAUAACUUGUCACGGUUUGAAGCUGAGUCAAACCAAUUUAGUUUAGAACGGCAACUGCUCUUACAACAAUUGGAAAAGCAGCAACUUCAGCAGCAACGCUUAUUGUCCCCUCAAAAUGUCGAGUUCGCUGGAACUUUAUUGGAUCAGGUGCGUGACCCAAUGCAGCAGCAUCACCUUGUUAAUCAACAACCUAGGGAGGAUCUAGAACGGAUCCUGAAAUUUCAGUUUGAGCAGCAGAGGUAUCUCGAUCAGUUGAAGCAGCAGCAUCAAAUGCACCAGAGACACCAACAACUGCAUGAGCAUCAGAUGCAAUUACUGCAUCGUCUUCAACAUCAUGAACCACAACGACAGCAACAACUACAGAAGCAGAUUCAUCUUGAACAUUUGCUGCAUCGACAAUUACUUGAACCUGGUUCUGGAGCAUCAAACAUCGAUUCUCAUGUGAUGAAUAUGUAUGACCAGGUUCUUCUUAGGCAGCGUCUCUUGAGUGAGUCCCAACAACAGUCUCAUAACCUUUCACUGCAUCAUGACUCAGCAUCCGAGCAAUUUUUGGAAGCAAAUUUUCUGCAGAACUUCCAACGUCAAAAUCAAAAUGAUCUGUUGGAUGUUCUAUCUCAUUCCAAGCGGGGACAGGUUCCUACUUUAGAACAAAAGUUUCUUUUAGAGCUUCAGCAGGAGCAGCUUCAAGCACGACAACUCUCAAGGCAGCUGUCUGGCAUGGAAGAAGAGAGACAUGUAGGGGGGGUUUGGUCCGUUGAUGAUUCUGGUCAGUUCAUCAGAACUGCCGCUGGUCCACACCAGAAUUAUGCUGCCAGACUUAGCCAAUUAGAUCUUGUGCAGGCGCAGGCACUCUCAUCACUCGAGCAGCCCAGCCAUCUUCAGCAGAAUUUUUUGUCACAUGAGAGAAUGCCGCAUGAUCCUUAUGAACGAAGACCACAUCCUCUUGAUAGGUCAAUGCAUAUGCAUGUAGGUGCUCCUGCUCCAAACUUGGAUCUUGUAAAUGCUGUAGCACGAGCUCAAGGGCUAGAUGCUCAGGGACAUCUUGAUCAGCUGCAUGCUUUUAAUCAGAUAGGACAAAUUCCUUCUAGUGUUCGUUCCCAUCAGAUUCGUAUUUCUGAGGAGUUCGCUGUUCCACACUUGGAUGCAAGAGAGAGGCACUGGUCCGAGGCAAGUAGGCAGCGAUCAUCUGACUUGAUGGAAUCCCAUCUGAAGCAGUUGCAAAUAGAAGCAGCAAAGCAAAGAAGCACCAAUCUGAGCCUUCCUGGUGAGAACCUAAAUGCAUGGGCCUCAUCUCUUGGAAAUGAUGGAAGCUCAGAGCAUGGAUUGAGAGACUUGCUCUUUCAUGAAAAUUUUCAAUCUCAACAGCCAACAGGAUUGGCAGUUGGUACUCCUACAUCAUCCUAUGAGCUGAGGGAUUCUUGGAUCUAUUCCCGUCCUAGUUCAGAAAAUCCCUUUAAUCUUAGCUCAGAGAGAGGAGGUUUGAGUAGUUCUUUUUCAGAGAGUUCAUUUUUUGCUGAUGUAGGACAGCCGACAAAGGAGCAACUAUCAAACAAAAAUAUGGAAGAUGAUGCUAGUAACUUUGAAAGCAGCAGAUCAACUUUGAGAUCUGGUUCUGCAAGAUCAUAUGAACAGAAACAAUUCCCGGCAGAUAUAGAUAUAAUUGAAAAAGAAAAGUUUGUGAAUUCUGUUGCUGGUGGUUCUUCAUUAAAAAGAUUAGAUAUCUCCAACCUGAUGGAGGGGGCGAGAGGGAAGUCACUGGGUCCAAGAGGUAGUUCCGGGACUCGAUUAGCUAUGGACAUGCAGGAGAGUGGGGUUAAGCAAGCAGCAGGUGGAGGUCAUGAAGUGGUUAACAUUGACAAAUCUUUUAGGCAUGAUUCAUCUGGAAAGGCUGGGGGAGGUUUAACCUUUUUUAAUUAUGAAAUGACACUUGAUAGUGUUCAUCCUGAAGAGAUUGGUAGCAACAUUUCUGGUGAUGUUUUGAAAGGAACCAAUAGUUCGUUCUUAGAACAUACCCGUGAUCCUCAUGCUACAUCAUCCGCAGAACUGCCAGACAUGAUAGCUUCUCAACCACCAAAGGGAAAGAAACCUACUACUUUUGGGUCGUCUGAGGAAGACUCUGCAGGUAAUCCUGCAUCCCAAUCUACAGAGACAUCAAUCUCCAACAAGAAAGACUCCAGAUUUCGUCGAACUUCUUCGGGCAGCGAUGCUGAUGUUAUGGAACUUUCAUUCAGUGACAUGCUGAAGAGCACCAAAAAGCCGAUGCCUGAACCUGAGAACCCAGAAGUAGGUUCACUCGGCAAGGCUGCCAAAAAGAAGGGAAAAAAAGGCAGGCAGAUCGAUCCAUCCCUUCUCGGUUUCAAAGUCCAUAGCAACCGCAUCUUGAUGGGUGAGAUCCAGCGACCAGACGAUUGAGGAUUGCACCUCUACCGUCGGCAAAAUGCUUAUCGCUUUUCCAUCCGAAGGAUGUACAGAUCCUCAUCUAAUUCUUUUCUUUUUUCUUGAAUUAAUUUUUGUAGUCCUGUCCUCGACAGAUGCGUUGUAAAGCAGGGGGUUUCGGAUGUUCAGAUUUGAAAUCUAGCAGAGUCCUCCCUUCAUGUGAAUACGUGGGGAUGUUGGAAUAAACAUAUGUACAGCUCAGUGAAAGCAAUUAGUUAUUUCCCCCUCCCCCCUCUCCUUUCCUGCCAUGAAUAACUUUUUGACUGGCUCUCUCUGCUUCCAAGUCCAUUUAGCUCAUUCUGAACAAUUGUGUUGAUAUCUCAUCCUUGCACUUGAUAUAUAGUUUGUUUCGUAGAUGAA